AUGCCCAAAGUCAACUCACUGGUGUUGGACGCAGGCCCUUUAAUUACGCAGUCAGCAUCGACUUUGCAACAACAUGCUGACAAGUUUUUUACAACUCCAGGAGUUUUUAACGAACUGAGAGAUGAACACGCUAGAAGACAGGCUGCUUUAUGGGGGGAGAAGUUAUCAGUGAGGCAACCAAAAUUUGAUGCGAUCAAAGCAAUGACUGAUUUUGCUAAACUCACAGGUGACCAUAUGGUAUUGUCACAAAAUGAUAUUCACAUCUUAGCUCUUGCAUAUGAGCUUGAAUGCGAAUUGAAUAACGGUCCUUGGAGACUUAGAUCCUAUCCAGGAGAGAAAAAAGAACGUCAAAAGAAGCGUAACCAGAACUCAAAGGAACGCGACGAUACUAAGGAUAUAGACACGGUUCAAAAGGAAAAGAGUGCUGAAACGUCACUUGAACAUACGGAGGUCUCGGAUACAAAUGAAAGGACUAAAAGGAAAACAAGAAGAGGCGGGAAACGCCACAGAAAGAAAAGGACAAACGGCGGAGAGGAAGGUGUGGCAGACCUCAAGGAGCAGGUCGAAAUUGAUGGUAAUGAAGAUGCAGCAGUGCAACAAAUCACAGAAAAAUUAAAAGAUCUAUCCACUGAUUGUCAGCUUUCACAAGCAUAUUCGGACUCAGAAGAUGAAGGAGAAUGGAUUACACCGGAUAAUAUAGUAGAAGAGAUGUUUAAAGACGAGCAUGAACAAGUUGAGGCAGAAAAAAGCACUUCGAAGAUUAAAGUCGCUCUAGCAACCGGUGAUUUCGCUGUUCAAAAUGUUUCGCUUCAAAUAGGCUUGAAUCUGAUGAAUCCAAUGUCAGGACUUCAAAUUCAAAGAGUGAGAAACUACAUGCUUAGGUGUCACGCAUGUUUUACCAUGAUUCCAAUUCCAAAAGAUGGUACACCAAAACAUUUCUGUUCUUCUUGUGGAGGGGCAACUUUGCUGAGAUGCGCAGUUUCAGUCAAUUCCAAGGGAGAGAUUGUUCCUCAUUUGAAAAAAAACUUUGAAUGGCACAGAAAGGGUGACAGGUAUUCUUUGCCCUCUCCGCUAUCCAAGAACUACACCAAAAAGUAUGGCAAACAGGGAUAUCAGCAUCGCGGUAAUCCGAAUCUUGAGAACAUUUUUUUGCGAGAAGACCAGAAGGAAUACCAACAGGCGCUGAAAAAUGCUAAAUGGCAGCUUCGACAAAAUGAGAAAGCAAUGCAAGAAUACGUGGGUGGUGGAUCAGCGGAGAACUUCGUUUCUCCAUUUUUCACUGGAACUGAUCAUAUAAAACCGGUCCAUGUGAGAGUGGGAAGGGGUAGAUACGUGAAUUCAUCUCGAAGAAGAAAGUGA